CUGCCCCGCCCCCUACGCAAACUCAGAUCCUCGCGUUCAUUUCAUUCUUGCCCUCAUUCCGCGCAUACUUCACAUCGCUCUUAGAUACGCGGAAUAGUCGCGCUCUCUCACGCGCUCGGACGUAAGAAAAAAAGUGAUCAGCUGGAAACAAAUCCGUGCGUGCGCGCGAGCAGAUCCCGAGCUUCACACGCGUUUCAAAAACUGAGAUUGUACAAACAUCCGCAGAGAUUUUCGUCACUUGUGGAUUUUCCUGCGACCAGCUGCGCCAACUGGUUCACCGCGAUCUCUCUGUAACUGUUUGCGCUCCCCAGGAUCGGGCUCGGAGGUCCCAGCCGUUGCCAUGGAUCACAGCAGUUGGAGUGGCAGCGAGAGUGCCGGGGAGGAUAUCGAAAGAAUGAGCGAUUCGGCCGAUAAACCAAUGGACGGGGAUGCUGAGGGUGUGUGGAGUCCUGACAUUGAGCAGAGCUUUCAGGAGGCCUUGGCUAUCUACCCACCCUGCGGUCGACGAAAAAUCAUCCUGUCCGAUGAGGGGAAGAUGUACGGUCGCAAUGAAUUAAUCGCCAGAUACAUCAAACUCAGAACGGGAAAGACAAGGACAAGAAAGCAGGUCUCUAGUCACAUCCAGGUUCUUGCCCGGCGGAAAUCCAGAGAAUUUCACUCCAAGCUGAAGGACCAGACCGUGAAGAACGAUGCGAUCAACAGGAUGGCAGCCAUGUCUUCGGCACAGAUAGUCUCAGCCACGGCCAUCCACAACAGACUGGGACUGGCAGGGAUCCCAAGACCCACUUUGCCUGGAGCAGCAGGGUUUUGGCAGGUGUCAACAGGGCAGCCGGGAUCCUCGCAAGACAUUAAGCCAUUCACACAAAAUUAUCCAAUCCAGACAGCCACAGCCAUUUCAGCUUAUGAGUCGCCGACACCUCCGUCAACCGCAUUGCCGCCUUGGCACGGGCGGUCUAUCGGCACCUCCAAACUGCGGCUGGUUGAGUUUUCAUCUUACCUGGAGAACCAGAGGGACCCAGAAUCGUACAACAAGCAUCUGUUUGUGCAGAUCGGCCAGACGAAUCUUUCCUACAGCGACCCGCUCCUGGAGACAGUGGACAUACGUCAGAUCUACGAUAAAUUCCCAGAGAAGAAGGGCGGGCUGAAGGAGCUAUUUGGAAAAGGGCCUCAGAACGCCUUCUUCCUGGUGAAGUUUUGGGCUGAUCUGAAUUGUAACAUUCAGGAAGAUUCAGGAGGAUUUUACGGUGUGACCAGUCAGUAUGAAAGCUCAGAGAAUAUGACCAUCACCUGCUCGACCAAAGUUUGCUCGUUUGGAAAACAAGUGGUUGAAAAAGUAGAGACAGAAUACGCCCGGUUUGAGAAUGGACGCUUCGUGUACAAAAUCAGCCGGUCCCCCAUGUGUGAAUACAUGAUCAACUUCAUCCAUAAACUGAAACACCUGCCUGAGAAAUACAUGAUGAACAGCGUACUAGAAAACUUCACCAUCCUAUUGGUGGUGACGAACAGAGAAACACAAGAGACCCUGCUGUGCAUGGCCUGCGUGUUCGAGGUCUCCAACAGCGAGCACGGCGCACAGCAUCACAUCUACCGACUGGUCAAAGAUUGAAGUUCCACAUCUCGCACGUGUCACACUAAGCAGAAUCCGGCUCCCCGCUGGCCACAGAGAGGAAAUAAGAGAACAGUGGAGACUUUAUAUUCACUGAGGCGUUUAGCCAAGGCAACUACACAGCCGAUGGCCGAAGAGGACUAAGACAAGCCUUUGAAUGACUCACAAGCUCAUUUUAAGCGGCUGCGCCUGUAUCAGUCCCACCCAGGGCACGUUUCGGGCGUGGUGUGAAAUAACUACAUUUAUUAUCAUUUUUGUCAUUCGUGCUUUGGUGUUUGUUCGUUUGUUUUUUAAUCAGUUGUGUUAAAAUUGGCGGUACGGUUUUGUUACGUUUAUUGGAUGUUUAUGUUAUUAACCUGGUUGAUGUUUUAACCAACUUUGUUUGGGAAGGAUGUUGUUUAUAUAAAGUUGCAUCGGUAUAGUACACAAAAGCUUUGUUUAUGUUGUACUAUCUGUUAUUCUAACACAAAACAGUACAUUACAAAGACUUAAACCCCGGGGUAUUUUCAUCUUAGUGAACUUUUAUGAAAGAGCAUUGAAAAUGUACUGUAUUAUUUAUGAGGAACCGUCUGCCUUACACUGCACAUGAGCUCUUUCAGUGUGACCUGCGAUCGAAAAACUAAAACACUAGAAACAAAUACAGUUUUUUAAUACAAAAAUAAAACAUGAAACGAAUAAUGUACAUAAAAUCAGGACACUGAAUAUGUUGAAGACAAACAGAUCCAAAACUCUAAACUGCUUUUUGCGUGUCGCUCGCCACUUGAUGAAGACAGUUGUGUUUGUGAAUUUUUCAGUGUUUGCGUUUAUAAAAAUCAUCACAUUAGUGUUUUUCAGAUUUUCACAGUCCAUAUCUUUUCAUAUCAAAAGAGGCUCCGGAAGAAAGGAAAUCUACAUAGCAAAAUCACCAAAGCAUAAAAGUAUAUUGUGCCUUAGUGUUUCUCAUCACAGACUGUCGAAUUCUCACCUAACGUUUGUAUUUUGUCCCACAAAAAUGUUAAUAUGUUUUAAGUCAGUAAGACAAAGCAAAGUAGGUCAUAUCUUCUCUCUUGUACACCAAAUAAAUACACCACUAUCACUUCUGUUCAUACCAGGGUAAUGCUACAGGUGUUGAAAGUGCCUUCUGUGUGUUUCUUUCAGCUCAGAAAAGAUUUAAAAUGUUGACACCAAAAAGUGAAUCAUGUUUGGAUUAUAUCACCAUAAUGCCUUGUGGGUGCUGAGGGUCUGGCUGAAAGAAAAGUGCAUUUUGCUACUGUAUAUUGAUGAAAAAUGUACAUUUAUACGUUUGGUUUUCACAUUGGACAUCAACAAUGCAAAAUGGGGGAAAUGCACAUUAUGAAAUAACAAUAAAUACUAAAGCCAUUGACUACAGUAUCAUAGAGGACGGCUGAUAAGAUUUCAUGUACACAAAGGCUCAGAAGAUAAGAGUUAUGUCAGAAUUUCAUAUCUUAAAUUACUCUGUUCAAAUUGUUGCUCUCAGUUUUACUUAAGACGGUUCAACAAGAUUUAUUUUCUUGGUCAACCAUGUUGUACAUGUUUUGGAAAGUAUUUGUUAGUAAAAUGAAAACUAAUGUAUUUCAUGACA